AUGACCAAAAGCAAGCCGAGCCAAGAAGUGAUACGUGGUGUGAAGCAAGUCUAUACACACUUGAAGAUACGCGACAAGAUCCCUGGAGACAACGUGCCUCCCAAUCAACUGCCCGAAGCCGUUCACAAAAUGCAAUUGCUAUGGCAGACCGAUCCCGCCGAGUUCAAACACACAGUGCUUGGCUUCUUGAGUUGGAAACCACCCAACAGCGAGGAAAAGACAUUGGACCAUUUUGUUGAACGACUCGAGAACGCCAUAUCAUCCUUUUGCUUUGUACCAGAGGAUCUUGAUGACCUUGAGGGUUUUGAAGAUACAGCAUCAACAGCAUCAUCAUCCACAGCAACAACGUCUACGCGCCAAAAACGAUUAGCCAGUGAGGAUAACCUUGUUGACUCGCCUGUCAAACGUAUACGAUCACAAGGUGCUACCAGCGAUGGCACGUCACCUAUCACACCUCCCAUGUCUCCACCCAUAUCCAACAACGGCAAUGAAAAGGCUGAUACUAAUUCUACUGAGAAUACGCUAUACGUUCCUUUGCGUGGUGUGAAGUGCCUCAAAGGGGUCGAUUGGACCAUUCAAUUUGAAAUCGCUCGGUUUUUCAGAACAUUCAACAUUUAUGAUCCACCCUUCGAGCUAUUGCAACGUUUUCUUGAUGUCGCCAAGCAUGAACCUCGCAAUUUAUUCCAAUCCAUGAUGCAAUGGUACGCCAAUCAACCGAGCAAAGCAGGCAGCAAUGUGCAUUUGGGUCUUAUGGAACGCUGCUCCGAUCAAAUAUGGACACAUCUUGAAAAAUCGACAUCUUCCUCCUCCUCCUCCUCAUCAUCAUCAUCAGCAACUCGAGCGAUCCAUUACAAAGGCAUGCUUGCAUUAUCCUCUUUCAAAUCACCCGUGGUUGAGUUACGACCGCCGAGAGUAGGAGCCUCCAAUCGUUUUUCUCGAAAGUAUGGUGAUCAUCGAUUCCUUGAACUCAAGCUCAAUCGAACGAGUCAUGUCUCUUUGAUAAGGAAGAACAAGGAUUACUUUCUCAAACCCUUUUUGUUGAUGGAUCGGACCUACCGCUUUCUUUUUGUCAAGGAUGAUACCGUUAUUUUAUUCGCAACAGAGGGAUCGGAUCUGGAACCAAUAUCAAUUCGUGAAGUGAUCAAUUGGCACAUUCCAAUUCUGGAUAAUUGGGACAUGACUAUCAGCAAAUUCGCCAGCAGAAUGUCACUUGGUUACAGCAACAGUAUUCCCACCUUGGUCUUUAAGCCCGAGAACGUAAAGUACAUUGAUGAUAUCUAUUCCGGUGCGGAUGGCGAUGAAGAAACGUGCAUGACAGAUGGAUGUGGACUUAUUUCAGUAUCAGCAAUGCGAAAGAUCAUGGGAUGUGAACGUGCCGAUACCUUGCCGUGUGCUGUGCAAGGUCGUAUUGGUGGUGCAAAAGGCGUUUGGAUCGUGGCACCUGAUCUUGAUUUCAAUUCGGGAGAAUGGAUCCAUAUUCGCAAAUCACAGCACAAGUUCAAAACCGGUGGAUUGCAAUACAACAUGAAAAUCGAUCCUCUGCACUACACAUUCGACCUUGUCAAGAACGCCAUUUGUCUAUAUCCAUCCAAUCUCAACACGCAGUUCAUUCAAUGUCUUUCAUCAUGUGGUGUACCUACUUCAGUCUUUAUUGAUUUGUUGAAUGAGUAUUUGGAUCGCUUAAUGAGGGAAGUAGCCGAGAAUCGAAAUCCACGGUUACUACGCGAUUGGGCAGCAAAGACAGGAGGCGUCAUGCGUAAUCGAUGGGAAGCUGAAGAUACCGAGAAAGAUGUUUGGCGAGAGCAAAGUGAGGAUUUACUUGAAAGCUUAGUGGAUGCCGAUGCCGAUGUACCUGAACCAACAACCCACAAACGCAGUGACAGCUAUUGGCGCUAUAAUCAGUAUUCUGGCAACCCAAGCUCUUUGCAUGAAGGCGCUGUAAGGUUACUUGAUUCGGGAUUUGAUACUAGCAAUCCCCACUUGGCAAACAAGAUCGUCCAAAUAUUCAGUGAUUUGAUGCGCUCAGUUUCAAUCAAGUACAAGAUCGAGGUGGAGCAAUCAUGUACCAUCACGUGUGUCCCUGAUCCAACAGGAAUCCUCAAUGAAGGCGAGGUGUUUUUACAGCUUUCGAAUCGUCGAGUGGAUGAAAAAACGGGUAUUCAGGCAGGCCUUGUUGUGGGCGACAUCAUCGUGGCGCGUAAUCCUUGUGGUCUCAAGAGUGAUGUGCAAAAGGUCAAAGCAGUGGAUCGACCCGAAUUAAGGAUAUAUACCGAUGUCAUUAUCUUUCCAACAAAGGGGCAGCGAUCAUUGGCUAGCAUGUUGGCUGGUGGUGAUUAUGAUGGUGAUAUUGUGUUUUGUUGUUGGGAUCCACGUAUUGUCGAGCCAUUCAAAUCCUCUCCCGUACCUGAAACGCCAGCCGCCAUGAAGACCGUUUUUGUCAAAAAUACCACCAAGAUUCGCCAAGAGCUGGUAAAGCACCGUGACAAUGACGCUCAAGAGGUAGCCAUCCAAACCAAUUUCUUGAACGUGUCACUCCCUGAUGGUACACUUGGACAAUACGAGAAUUGGCGAACUGUGUUGGCGGAAUCAAGGUCAUUGGAUGAUCCAGAUGUUGUCUAUCUUGCUCACAUGUGUGCCAAGUUGGUUGAUGCUCCUAAGCAAGGUCUCAGUCUCAAGCCCACCGUAUUGCAGCGUGAUCGAUCAACGUUUGGUUCAGUGCCACAUCCUUUAUGGUUUGUGGAUAAGAGAAACAAGCAACGGGAGAGGGAUUACAAGUCAUACCAAGAGGUCAAUACAGAUGUGCUACCGGGCAAGCCUUUCGGAACAGCCAUGGAUUGCCUCCACAAGCUAUUACAUGAAAGAACAGAGGCGUUUACGAAUUUUACGGAUCAUGUGAUUGGCGAUGAUGAAGUCAAGAGGAAGGAUCCUGAUCUUUUUGGGCCUUGGGAGGAAGCUGAAAAGAUGGCCAAAGAGCUCAACGACAAGGACUUUAUGGCUGAUUUGGAAUUGAUAAAGCAGGAGGUGCAAAAUCUCUACAGCGACUAUGUUCGAGAUGUGAAGGAUGUUGUUUUCACAAGGCAGCGACGCAUGGAUAGCCGAUAUGAUCCGGUGCGGGAAACAGAGCCAUUCAUACAUGAGUACAGCGGGUACAAUACGCUUUUCGAGCUUGAAGAACAUUAUGCUGAGAAAAUACUUGCUGUCCCUUCCACCAUCAAAUCAACCAUUCUCAAAGUUGACCAGAAGUUGAAUCAAGGACACAUGACGGCAAGGAUUGUUGCCAGUGCUGCUUAUAUUCGAACCAUCAACGCUCAAAAGUAUAGCAAGUUUUGCUAUGUGAUUGCAUUUGAUACUAUUCGACGGAUCAAGGCGGAUGCCGUUUCCAAGAAAAAGAGCGACUCUGGAUAUGGAUAUGCUGAGACCGUUAUUCCCUACAUGUACAGCCCCAUGACAAUGAACAAGUCUUGGAUUAAAAAAUUACGCGAUACUAAAUCAGCUGCUGAUGCAGGUACUGCAAUUGACAAAUAA